AAGGAGGCGGCGGGGGAGGAAGAAGAGGAGGAGCAGGAAGGCAGCGGCGUGGACAGGAGCUCCCUCGUCUUCGUCUGGCCCAGCGGCUCCUGCAUUGCCACUUUCGGCUCCCGGGCACUGAAGGAGCUGUGGCUGGGCACACUGCUGGGGUGAGCCGGGGGAGGGAUGCUCCGGGCGCAGCCCGACGGGGGAAGACAGCUCCCCAGCUGGGGAGAGGUGCCCCCGCGGCACCCCCCGACAAGAGAGAAGAGGUGUCUUGGGGCUCAGCCGGCCCUCUCCCUGUCCCUUCUUGUGGCACAGGGCACCCGAAGGAGCCGCGAAAGUGCGGGUGACCCGUCUCCCAUCGCUCCAAGUCCUGGAGAAGGAGCUGAGGCGCCGCCGUGCCGGGAGGACAUUCAGCGCCAGGAGCCUGGAGAGGCUGCUGGAGGGCCAGGCCAAGCCUGCUUCUUGCAGGCCGAUCGCAAGCAAGGGCUCGCGCCGGUCCCGUCCGGCGACGCGGGGGCACGCUGCCGCUCAGCAGGUGAGUAUUGGAAAGCAAGGCCAGCUCCUGCAACCGACCGGCUGAGCUGUGCUCACUUGUCCCUUGAGUGUCGCCAUGCAGGUGCGGUAGCCCGAGGGAGGACGUCGGCGGGAGGAGCAAGGACACCCGCUGGGCAGCGGCCGCUGGAUGUGGUUCUGCGGGGACAGGGAGCCUCUGCUGCUGCUGCUGCUGCUGCUGCUGCCCCGGGGCUUGGCAGGGCGAGGGCUGGGCCGGGCUGUCCCGGUGGCACGCCGGCUCUCGGGAGCCUCCGAGCGAGCCAGAGCCGCGGGGCUCGUGCUCUCUUUUCCUUUGCAGCAGGAGGGAGCAGCUGCAGCAGCAGGAACAGGAGGAGGACACGGCUGCCCUGGCCCUUUGCUCUGCGGCGCAGCCCGGCCGCUGCCCAGGCGCCAGGGCAGGCGGGCUGCGGCUGCAGCAGGGCGCUCUUUGGCCAGCCCCUGGCAGCCGUCUGCGGGGAGGAGGGCACGCUGCCCCGGCCCAUCCAGGAGCUGCUGGCUGUCCUGCAGCAGGAAGGGCCAUCGACGGAGGGGAUAUUCCGGCAAGCUGCCAGCGUGACAGCGCUUCGGGAGCUGCGGGAGGCCCUGGACCGCGGUGCAGAGGUGGAGCUGGGAAGGCAGCCGGCGCUGCUGCUGGCUAUCCUCUUGAAGGACUUCCUGCGAAGCAUCCCCUCCAAGCUCCUCGUCAACGACCUCUACGAGGACUGGAUGGCCGCCAUGCGGAGGACCAGCAAGGAGGAGAAGAUGGCAGAGCUGAAAGCGGUGGCCGAGAAGCUGCCCGCGGCCAACGUCCUCCUCCUGAAGCGGCUGCUCUCCCUCCUCCGGCGCAUCGCCCGCAGCGCGGGCACCAGCAGGAUGAGCUCCAGCAACCUGGCCAUCUGCAUGGGGCCAAGCCUGCUGAGCCCACCGCACGAGGACCUGCUCCCGCUGGAGGCCAUGCUGGAGGCGACCGAGAAGGUGAAGGUGCUGGUGGAGUUCCUGGUGGAGAACUGCAGGGAACUCUUUGGGGAGGAGACCGCUGAGCUUUGCUGUCCAGCAGCCGAGGAGUCGCCAGCCCCCAGGCAGAGCUCCCGAGGCCCGCGUUUGGCAGAGCAAAGCGUCCCUGCGGUCAGAGCAGAGCCCGAGCGUCAGGCAGAUGCCUCGCCGCGCACGCCCGCCUCUCUAGAGCUCGGUGUCCUCCGAGAAGCCGGGGGAGAUACGGUGGUGGGGUCUGACGCGGGAGAGGCACCUCCGGCUUUGCCUCCGAGCACCCCCGAGAGCGCGGCAGACUCCCCGGGGCGCCCCGAAGAACUGGCGAGCCUUUCAAGGGAAAGAAGGUUUGCAGGCUCUCCCCAGGCCGAGGGAAAAAGAAGAGAGCGAAAGAGGAAACAGGCCUGGGGGGAGGAGAGUGAAAGCCCCGUGGAAGAGACGAGGAGGAAGAAGAGGGCAGAAGUUUCUGGGGCUGGACCAAAGAGAAGAGGCAGGAGGGUGCAGGAGGCCAGGAGGCCCACGUGGAAGAGACGAGGAGGAAGAAGAGGGCAGAAGUUUCUGGGGCUGGACCAAAGAGAAGAGGCAGGAGGGUGCAGGAGGCCAGGAGGCCCAGGUGCCGAUUCAUUUUCCCUGGCUGAAGCGCUGUGAGUCCUGGGCCCCCGCAGCUGAUGUCCACAAAUAAAAUGAUCUUUUGUCUCUUCGGACUGUGCCUCCUGCCGUGGGAUAUUCGGGAGUGGGGAGCUGUGGUCUGGGGAUGAAUUGUCAGGGAGGAGUCUGGGAUCGUCCCUUGUCCCAGCACCCUUUGCAGCAGGCAUCAGGGCCGAGUGGAGGCGCUUUAGGAGGGAAACUGUAAUGGGUUUGCGUGGCA